AUGAAAGUUCAGGAUGAAAAGGUUACCUUUAAUGUGUUUAAGCCCAUGAGAUACCUAGCUGAAAUAGAAGAUUGUUCACUCAUCUCGGUGGUGGAUUCUUUAGCCAUCAAAUUCUUGGAAACUAGCCAGCAUGACGAUCCUUUAGAAAUAGCUAUGUUGUAUGAGCCAAAUGACGAUGAAGAGGAGGAAUUCUUAGCUUGGUUGGAAGCAAGUUCUCAAGGUUUGAAAACUAGAACUCGAUUUGAGCCUUUGGAGUUGUCAUCUCGAGCUUUUAAAGUUCCAAAGCCAUCUAUUGAAGAACCACCCAAGUUAGAGUUGAAAGCUUUACCAUCACACUUGAGAUAUGCAUUCAUGGGACCAUCAUCUAAACUUCCUGUAAUAAUUUCAGGGGAGUUAAGUGCUGAACAAGAAGGAAAAUUGCUGGAUGUUUUGAGGCAACACAAGAAAGCUAUUGGGUGGACCAUAGAUAAUAUUUGGGAGAUUAGUCCUUCUCUAUGCAUGCAUAAAAUUCUGCUAGAAGAUGAUAAAAAGGGAUCUAUUAAGGAGCAAAGAAAGCUAUGUCCAAUUAUGAAAGAAGUUGUGAAGAAAGAAAUCAUUAAAUGGCUAGAUGCUGUUCAAUGUGUUCCAAAGAAGGGAAGAAUGACUGUCGUUCAGAAUGAAGACAAUGAAUUAAUUCCUACAAGAACAGUGGCUGGGUGGAGGAUAUGCUUGGAUUAUUGCAAGCUAAAUAAUGCCACCCGGAAGGACCAUUUUCCUCUUCCUUUCAUGGACCAAAUGCUUGAUAGAUUGGCUAGAAGGGACUAUUAUUGCUUCUUGGAUGGAUAUUCUGAUUAUAAUAAGAUUUCUGUAGCACGUAAAGAUCUACAUAAAACAACCUUUACUUGUCCAUAUGGGACCUUUGCCUUUAGGAGUAUGCCUUUCGGGUUAUGUAAUGCACCAGCUACUUUUCAAAGUUGCAUGAUGGCAAUUUUUAGUGAUAUGGUAGAGAAAUUCUUGGAGGUUUUCAUUGACGAUUUCUCUGUCUUUGGUGAUUCAUAUGAUGAGUGCUUGAGCAAUUUGGCUAAAGUCCUCAACAGAUGUGAAAAAACUAAUAUAGUCCUCAACUAG